CAACAACAACCACAACUUCAACAACAACAACCACUACCACCACAUCAACUACAACCACAACAACGACGACGACCACAAUUUCCUGCGACUUUGAUUUUAUGUCGGAAAAUACGUCGAUUCUCAAAUACAGUGAUCGUGAGAUACCCGUCUUUAACUUCAUCUGCCCGCUGCCAACGUCAAGAGUCAAACGGCAAGUCAGAGUGGGAAGAGAAGAGAACGAAUCACCCUCAUCCAGAUCCAACGAUGCAAAGUCGAAGAAAUCCCAGACUCUAAAUAGAAAACUCAAAGUUAAAGAUGAUAACGUUAAUGCUAAAAGAAGGAACAGAUCAAAAGUGAAUACCAAGAAAUCUGGUAUGAGAAAAUCGAAACUCAACUCGAAGAAAUCGGACAUGAGAAAAUCGAAACUCAACUCCAAGAAAUCGGACAUGAGAAAAUCGAAACUCAACUCCAAGAAAUCUGAAUUGAGGAAACUUAAAAACAAAACUAAAUUGACCUCGAAGAAAAACAACUUCAAUAAAACAGACAAUAAACGACAAAAUAACGGAGACAAAAAAUUAAAAAAGGGAAAUAGUGAAAUUAAUCAACACAAGAAGGAUGAUAAGAAACAGAAAGAAAUAUCCAUGAAGACGAAGAAGGUGAAGAAAGUGAAGAAGAACUCUGUGGCUAAGAAGAUGAAGGGAACAAGUAUUGAGAGACCAGAGACAAGAAGCAAAGAUCUCAAGAAGCAGGGAAUUGAAGAACACAAGGAGGAGUCAUCAUCGUCUCAAAGAACAGUGUUAGCCUCGUCAUAUGGUAACAAAAAAGGACUCUACGAUAUCAGCGACCUGUGCAACAGUAAGUACCAGCUGGACGACCCUGACGACCUCUUCUACUUCGGCUCGCCAGACCCACAGUCCAACCUUAAAAAGUGCAAGUUCACCGUCAAGGCCCCAACAGGCGUGUACGGUAACCUCUUCGUUGACUGCCUCAACUUUAACCUCAACAAAAAAGGAUGUAAAAUGGAAUCACUGCAACUCAAGGAGAAAGGAAGAAAAAGAAAUAAGAAGAAAUACUGCAGUAACAAGUUUGAUAACGCGUUCCUCGCUGAGAAAGAGGUGAAAGUUAUAUAUACAAGGAUACCAUACCAGAGAAAGACUUGUUCUGGGGGAUUUUUCUGCUACGUCGGUUUUAUCGAAAAGACUCCGGAAUAUGGGAAGCAGGAAGGUAAGAGUGAGUCCAUCGUAGCUCCACUGCCCAAGCAAAUCUAUGCUCCAGACCCCUUUGCUCACGACAUAUGUGGUGAGGUGUGGCUGAAGCCGGGAGAAACGCUGGUGUUUGCUUCCUCAAAUAACGCUUGGAAGGCUUCCUGUUCCAUCAAGUUUAAUGCUCCUGAGAACUGGGUGUUGACGCUCUCCUGCCCACACUUCAGUCUCUCCAAGCUAGGCUGCAAGACGGAAUCCCUCAAGUACACCGAGAUCGUCGCCGGCAAGAAGAUUAAGGGGAAGCACUGUGAGAGAGACGCCCCACAAUAUACAUCUCAGACCAACAUGUUGUUACUAAAGUAUAGACGAAAGGAGCUGCUGAAGACCAGGUGUUCACAAGGGUUCGUCUGCCAAGUAACUGUAGAGUCAGGUCUGGAUCCUCGACCGUUGUGUCCGUCGUGUGGUGUAGGUAAGGUAACUCCACCCAAUAGGAUUGUUUCCGGUGAGGAUGCUGACCAGGGGGAAUACCCGUGGCUAGUUCAGAUCUAUAUCACGGAUAUCGGUAACUUUUGUGGAGGCAGCCUUAUCUCCAGCCAUUGGAUUAUGACAGCUGCUCACUGCUUCUUCAGGAAUGGGACAAUAGGAGGCACUUCCAUCGAGGUGGCUCUUGGGGAACUGAUGCUUGAUCCACCAAAAACUUUUGGUAUCAGUGAAAUCGUCAUCCACGAGGACUUCGAUAUCAAUACUUUAACGAAUGACAUCACACUCAUAAAGUUGGUUGAUCCAGUCACCUUCACGCCCAACAUCGCCCCCAUCUGCCUCGCUACAGAGGAAGAUAUAAUGCCGGGCGAGAACAACGCUAUCGUGGUAGGCUGGGGUCUGCAAGGCUGUGGUCUGCCACAAGCGAGCACCUUGAAGGAGGUAUCAGUAGACUUGAUAACCGAUGACGUAUGCAAGGAUUUCUAUGAGAGUAAACCUCAGCCAAUCCCUAUACUUCCCACCCACAUUUGUUCUUCUGACCGAGAUGAAGGCGAUACUCCUCUUCUUGGUGACAGUGGAGGCCCGAUGAUGCAACAACUACCCGACGGCCGGUGGGUAGCUGUCGGCAUUGUCAGUUUCGGCUCUAUCUGCGAUUUUGGUGAGCCUGUUGUUUACACCCGCGUCCCAGCCUUCAUCCCGUGGAUCACCAAAACCAUCGGAAAAGCCAAAUGUUAUUAAAGUUAAUAUCUCCCGGCCACACGUUAUAUCCUCCUCCCUGUUCCUAUGGUUCCUGGCACAGUGCUGAGGGAUAAGAAGACCUCAAGACGUUGCUCCAACAUGGUCACUCUACCUGUCACCACGCUGAAGUAUUUCUUCUUCAGUAUAUUAUAUUGAGCGAUGAUUUGGUUGAUUUUCUUUAAGUUGUAUGCUAUUAUUUGCUAAUGCUUUGCACCCGCACAUAUGAACAAAAUUGUUAUUAUUGUUAUUAUU